UUGUUGCAUAAUAUCGAAAUUUAAUGUUUUUUUUUUUAAUUUUUAUUAUUCUUUUCUACGGGUGUUAAAAGCCAAGUUUCGGACUUUUUCGGUCCGUGUAAAAUAAAAGCAAAAAGAUCGAGUAAAAUAUUUAAAAUGAAACCAAAUGCUCGCUUUUAACUUAUGAGAUUUUCUCUGUUUUUAACGAGAACGAGAGCGGAAAGAAAGAAAAAAGAUUAAUCCAAUUUUUUAGGUUAAAUUCUUGAUUAUUUUUUAAAUUUCAAGGUUUUGAUCACACGUCUUUAAAACUCCUUGGCAUUUAAAAAUGAUGAAGGAAUCUCCAUUUACGGAUCUUCCUCAAAAUGAUGUGGAACUUACACCAGAUAAAGUCAAGGAUGAAAAGGAAGGAGGUCCUACAUUUCACUGUGACCUUUGUGAUGCAGAAAUAGUUUACACCAUUGCUCAAGCAUUCCUCCCAGGGUUAUCUACAGCUUGUGUCGACAAUACAACUGGUGAUGUUUUCCAGUCCCCUGGUUCAGUAGCAGCUGAAAUUAGAAAAGAAAUGGUGGAGUAUCUAAUGCAAAGAAGUGUAACUUUUGUGGCUGAAUCUGUGGUCUUGGAUGAUGGUCUAGAGGUACAAGCAUCUGACCAUCCUUAUGAUAUCAUCGCAUACUUGAUUGAUGAAUUUGCAACUACAAAGAGGAAUUUGUUCAGUCGAGUUUCGGAAUGGUUACUAAGUGAUAAAAGAGAAGACAAGAUAGAUGAUUUUUCACAAGAAAUGGAAAUUAAUGGAUUUUGGUCAAUAGACAAGAGAGAAGCAAUUGUACAAACUUUGCUGAAGAAUGUUGACUUAAAGAAUGAAUUUCACUGUGACAUGAAAUUUUAUUCAGCUGAUGAACUUGCUCAACAUGUGCCAACUUGCAAAUAUAGAUCAAUGACCUGCCAAAAUGAAGGGUGUUAUGCCAAAUAUUCAAUUAGCCAAAUGGAGAACCAUGAUUCAGUUUGCCCUUAUAAGAUGAUUCCUUGUGAACAAAAAUGCUCGGCUAGCCUCAUGAGACGUGUUAUGGAUAGACACUGCAUAACUGUCUGCCCGAUGAAGCUUGUGAACUGCCCUUUCUAUUCAGUGGGUUGCAAAUCUGCCAUACCCCAAUGUAAGAUUGAAGAACAUCGUUCCUCGGACUUUCAUUCUCACCUGCUAUAUAUUCUUCAAGGCAUUCACAAGGAAGCAUCUGUAGAGGUUCUAAGAAAACGAGUGGAGCAACUACUACAGAAAUAUUCUAGUAAGCUAGCGAACAUCCGAGAUUUGAGAUCACUAACAUACAAAGUCAAGGAUCUUGAUGCAAAGCUUGGGCCGCUGAAAGUUUGUGCAACAAACGAAGUUGAUGUAGCCACAAAGACUGCAGGAAAGCUUCAAAUUUUGGAAGCUAGUGACACCAACAAGGUUACAGAAAAAGGUGCAGAAACCAGAGUCGUAGGUUUUGAAGCAAAGCCUCAAUCAUUAGAAGUUACCCCUACAAAUAAAGACAGUAUAGAAGCUGUAAAAGCUGAAAUAAAGGAUUUGAAGCAAAACAGCAGUCAUUACGUUAAAUCAUUUAACAAGGUUAGUAAAGAAGGUUUAAAAACCAAAGCCACAGAUGUUGAAGCGAAGCCGCAAUCAUUAGAAAAUACUAUAACAAACAAAGAUAGUGGAGUAGCUCCAGGAACGACAGUAAACCACCAUGAAGCAAGGCCUCCAUCCUUAGAAGUUACUCCUAAAAAGGUUAGUGAAGCAACAAUAGAGAAUUCAGUCAAGGAUGUUGAAGGAAAGGUUCGACUUUCAAAAGUUAGCACAGGAGAAAACUGGUGAAGAUGGCGAUGGAACUUCAAACCAUGGUCCUAAAACAAAGUAGAAAGCUAAAGGUACUACUUGUUGGCUAAUAGUUAUUACAUUAUAUGAAGAAAUCUUCUGCUGCCCAUACAUAUAGCUGCAAGUUGACUUUUCCCCAUAUUCUUUCUUUUCUUGGACUUGGGUUAUAUUCUUACCCCUUUUUGUUAGCUAUCAUUCUUUUUUUAGCACAAUUGUCAUUACAAUUUUGGGACAUUAAAUAGAAUUUCGUAGGUGAGAAUGUAUUUAUACGAAGUAUCUAUGCAAUUAUUUUUCUUUCA